AUGUGCAGGUUGAGGAUCAAGGGCCGGUUCUUCAAUAUCAGCAUAAUUAACGUGCAUAGUCCCCACCUCGGAAGUAGCGAUGACGACAAAGACGAAUUCUACGCGCAGCUGGAACGUGAAUACGAUCGCUGCCCAAGACAUGACAUCAAGAUCGUCAUCGGCGAUUUCAAUGCUCAGGUUGGCCAGGAGGUGGAGUACAGACCGGUGGUUGGAAGGUUCAGCGCCCACCAGCAAACGAACGAGAACGGCCUAAGACUCAUCGACUUUGCCACCUCCAAGAACAUGGCCAUAAAAAGCACGUUUUUCCAGCAUCGCCUCCUGCACCGAUACACCUGGAGAUCACCCAUGCAAACGGAGACACAAAUCGAUCACGUCCUGAUUGAUGGACGGCAUUUCUCGGACAUUAUCGACGUACGAACCUAUCGGGGCGCUAACAUCGACUCGGACCACUACCUUGUGAUGGUUAAGCUGCGUCCAAAACUGUCCGUUAUGAAUAACGUACGGUACCGGCGCCCGCCGCGGUAUAAUCUGGACCGACUGAGGGACACCGAGGUCGCGACUGCCUACGCGCGGCAUCUCGAAGCAGCGUUACUAGCGGAGGAGGGGCUCAAUGAUGCUCCCCUGGAGGACUGCUGGACCAGAACUAAAGCAGCCAUCAGCAAUGCUGCGGAGAGCGUCCUGGGAUACAGACGAAAGCAGCAAACUCGCCUUUUCCGGGACAAAAAGCGCCACCUGGAAGAGUCGGAGAGAGAGGAGAUGGAGAUGCUGUAUCGUUCUCAGGAUACACGGGCGUUCUACAGGAAGCUGAAUGACUCUCGCAACGGCUUCAUGCCGCGAGCCGAAAUGUGUAGAGACAAGGAAGGUGGCAUCCUGACGGACGAACGUGAGCUGAUCGAAAGGUGGAGGCAGCACUACGAUGAACAUCUGAAUAGUGCACAGGCGGACAAUCAGGCGUUGGAGGAGGAAGAUUAUACCGUGUAG